UACUUAUGUCUGUGUGUGUGUGUGUGUGUGUGUGUGUGUGUGUGUGUGUGUGUGUGUGUGUGUGUGUGUGUGUUUUAUAAAGAAGGAGUGCUGUGUUUGUGUUUUAUCAGUCACUUCAUUUACACAGCAUGAAGAUACUCCUGACAGUCUCUCUGCUGGUGUGCAGCGUCGCCGCCCUUGACCAGUGUGUCCCAGACUGCACCAAUAUCACACCUGGGUUGGCCGUGCCGGACCCGUGGGACUGCACACAGUACUACUACUGCGGCAAAAAUGAGUUGCCCAUUGGGGACCCACAGAGCUGCCACCCAGGGGAUCACUUCGAACCUUCCGCCAACCUGUGUGUGGCAGGGUCGCAGUGCCAGGCAAGCUGUGGGUGUCUCCCGGACUGCAGCGGCCACUCAGAAGGCGAUUUUGUAGAGGACCCGAUGGACUGUACGCAAUUCUACGUAUGCGUGCACGAGAACGAGCCGUCCCAGCACCCCGUAGUGUGUCAGCCUCCCACAGGCGUGUUUGAUCCUGUGGUCGGCGUGUGUGUCCCCGGCGACACCUGCGACUCUUCCUGUGGCGGGGUGUGCCAUAUCCGGUGCAGGGGUGACGGGGAUCGCGUCGCCAACCCAGACAACUGCAGGGAGUACUUCCUGUGUGACAGCAACCUGGACCUGGAGGGACCCCGGCGGUGCCCCAGCGAGAGGCCUUACUUUGACGGGUGGAAGUGCGUGGAGGAGAGCUGGAAGUGCUGCGCUGUGGAGUGCAGCCCAUACUGCCGUGCCGGCGACGUGCAGAUCAUCGACCCCUGUGACUGCACCAGGUACUACAUCUGCAUUGACGAGGGCCCCGCCGAGGAGAAGCACCACUUCUCCUGCCCCUACGGCGAGACCUUCCAGCCAUCCUCCAGCGUGUGCGAGUCAGGGGCGCCUUGCCUCACCCUCUGCACCACAUCCGCCUGCACCAAGGUCACCACAACCACCACAACCACUCCCACCACCACAACCACCCCCACCACCACAACCACCCCCACCACCACCCCCACCACCACCACCACCACCACCACCACCACCACCACCACCACCACCACCACUGACCCAGGCUGCUUCACCUCCCUCACCUGUCCGGGCAAGGGGAACUACGCCAUGUGCGAGUAUUGCACUGAGGGAUACUACAAGUGCCACGCAGCGGGGGAGGGCGGGGUGCCUACUGUGUGUGAGGGCGGGUUUCUCUUCAACACAGACCCCACCUACCCCUACUGUGUGGAGGCCGCUGAGUGUCCCUACACGCCCCCGCGCUGCGCCCACUUUGCUGUACAUGAAUAACAAAAAAAGUUCAAUAACUUUAUAUAUAUAUAUAUAUAUAUAUAUAUAUAUAUAUAUAUAUAUAUAUAUAUAUAUAUAUAUAUAUAUAUAUAUAUAUAUAUAUAUAUAUAUAUAUAUGUUUUUUUUUUUUUUUUUUUUUUGCAGGGUUUAGCGGUAAGCUGAGUGAGUCACACUAUUGAGCCACUAUUCACUGCAUCCCGGCCAGUCACUCCAGCAUUCUUUAGCCACGAGGCACCGCUGAGACCUGCCUUUGUGUACAUCUUUUCUUCAUCCCAAGGCACUGACAAUUUUCCCUCUUUUUUUUUUCUUUUUUUCUUCAUUCAACGCUAAAGCUAACACUAGCCAACCACUCCAGAACCAAUGCUUCCUUAAUCACAAAGCAAAAAUAAAUCUUUCCUUGGUAACAAAGCUCUCUCAUUUUCGGUGUGUCUUCCUCUUCCUUUUUUCUGCAUCUGCUGCAAAGCGCUGCACCAGCUGGCCUCUGCAAAGAUCGAUCCCUUAUUCCUUCUCUCUCUCGCGUGCUGCUGCGUGUCACAGUCCCUGGCCACACAUCAUCACCACCACCACCACCACCACCACCACCACAACCACUGCCUGCACUCCAUUUUCACCAACGCCUUUGUAAUUCUUGUAUGAAAAAUGAAGCUAAAAUUAUACUCAUUUUUUUUUUUCAAUUAAUAUUUUUUUCGUUUUUUUUUUCUAUGCCUGGCCACUCUCUUCUACUCGUAUAUGUGUUGAAAAAAAAAUAUGUACAGAAACGAAAUACGAAAUAAAAAUAAAUGAUU